GGUUGCAUAAUUAAUUUUCCUUGACAGUACAGAUGAAAUAUAAAAGAAACUUCUAUAUGAAUUUUCAAUGAUUUAUGUCAUUACAUCUGAUCUGCAUAUGUUCAAGACGAGCCCAAAUGUAAAAAGAAUGGGAUGAAUUUAUGUGAAUUUUCGCUUGAAUGCUUUAUUUGGCUCAUUGGCUGCAACUCGAUGCUCAGACAGAAUAUUUGCAGAUUAUAGAAUUUUAGAAGGGCGGACACGGGACAACUAGGGUGAACGGGGGAUAAUAGAGGAAGAAGAAGAAUCGAACGAGUAUGGCGAUGCGCGAGCUAGUCACGGGUGGGGCGGCCUGUGCCGUUCCCGACUCUUCUUCUUCUUCAAAUCCUCUUGGUGUUCUGGCGAACGCUCUUAUUGGCUCCUCUUCAAAGGCGCAGGAAAGGCUGAAGGAGAUUCCUUCGUCAACACAUACAAAAUCUGAUCAUAUCUACUCAGAGAUUGAUGAACAUUUGUCGGCCCUCCCAGGGUCCGAGUUGGAUCAGCAGCUAUUUCUGCAUCCCAACAUACAGAGUUCAGAAUUUCUUCGUGGCUUCCACUCUGCUGAUCAGGGUGGACUUGCAGAUGCUUGGGAUGAGAUACAUCAUCCUAAAGUUUCUCAAUCUCUGGGCAGCCAAGGACAAAGUCACUUUGCUGAGUUAGAGCACAUACAUGAUCAUGGAGUUGGUCCUCAACUUCAGCCAACUUUGGAUGGGCCACCUCAGACAGUAUUGUCAAGUUUUUUGCACUCUUUUGUUGAGAGUGGCCGUGAUGGCAUUCCCUUCCGUCCGACUCCACUUCCAGUAUUAGGGCUAUCUGAAGGUGACAAACGAUGCAUACGUGAUCGUAGCAGCAUAAUGGCCCGACACUUAUUUGCUGAUAAGAGUGAGGACUUUAUUAAUGCACAGGUAAAUGCACUACUAUGUUCUUUAGAUAUUGACAAUGAUAUCCAGACUAAGGGACCUUUUCCUGGGAGAUACUGGGAGUUGGAGGAGUACUGGAAUGAGUCCCAACGUACUGUGAGAGCUGCAGCUGGUGCUGAAGACAGAUGGGUUGCUGAGUAUGGGCAGCACAAAGCAGAACAUGGUGACUCAGAUGCUUGGGUUCACUCAUUUGAGCAACAACAUGGUGCUAAUGGUUGGGUGUCUGAAUUUGAGCAAGACCAAUCUCAACUGGCAUCAAUAAACCAAGCCAAUGUCUCAAGCUUAGCUGCAAUGGAGCAGACUCGUAUGCUUGCACAUACAUUAGCUCAAAAUGACGACCCUAAAUUUCAGAAUUCAAAGUUCCUUCAAUUUGUGUCAAAGAUGAGUCGUGGUGAACUUAUUAUUGAUGAUAAUCAAGUCAAGACUUCUGCAUUAUCUGCAUCCAAGGACUGGGCAGCAGAAUAUCAGAAACAGUAUAGUGGGGGUGUCGCCUGGGCUGACCAAUUUGUACACGAUGAGGCAAGUCAUAUCCAAGGACCGGAUAGAUGGGUGAAUGAGUUCAGUACUGGACGUGAGCAACAUGCAUUGGCUGAUGAUCAGUGGGUCAGUGAAUUCUCUAAGUUGCAUAUUAAGGAUUGGGUGGAAGAAUUUGGGCAUCAGGUUGGUGAAGGGGCUCUGGGAGAGAAUUCUGCCGAUAGCUGGGCAAAUGCGUAUGAUGAGUAUCUAAGUGAACAAGUUGCUGCCAAGCAGAAGUCAAAUAGUUCAAGGGGGGUCUAUGCCUUUUCUGAUAUGAAUCCUUAUGUUGGCCAUCCAACUCCCUUGAAAGAAGGCCAGGAGCUGUUUCGCAAAGGCUUAUUGAGUGAAGCAGUGCUUGCUUUAGAGGCUGAAGUUUUGAAAAACCCUGAGAAUGCAGAAGGUUGGAGAUUACUUGGGAUAGCACAUGCAGAGAAUGAUGAUGAUCAACAGGCUAUCGCAUCCAUGAUGCGUGCGCAGGAGGUUGACCCAACAAACCUGGAAGUGCUUCUUGCUCUUGGCGUGAGUCAUACUAAUGAGUUGGAGCAGGCAGCUGCAUUGAAAUAUUUAUAUAAAUGGCUUCAACAUCACCCUAAGUACGGGAAUCUUGCCCCUCCAGAGCACUCUGAUUCUCUAUAUAAUGCAGAUGUUGCUAGGAUAUUUAGUGAAGCAGCUCAAAUGUCACCAGAAGAUGCUGAUGUCUACAUAGUUCUCGGGGUCCUGUAUAACCUAUCCAGGGAAUAUGACAAAGCCAUUGCAUCUUUCCAGAGAGCUUUAAAGCUCAAGCCACAUGAUUAUUCCCUUUGGAACAAGCUCGGUGCAACACAAGCUAACAGUGUUCAGAGUGGGGACGCAAUAUUGGCUUAUCAGCAGGCAUUAGAUUUGAAGCCUAAUUAUGUUCGUGCAUGGGCAAACAUGGGUAUCAGUUAUGCCAACCAGGGCAUGUAUGAGGAGUCUAUCCGUUACUAUGUCAGGGCACUCGCCAUGAAUCCAAAAGCAGAUAAUGCCUGGCAAUAUUUGAGAAUCUCUCUUAGCUGUGCUUCCCGAAAUGACAUGCUGGAAGCUUGUGACUCCCGGAAUCUUGAUGUUCUUCAGAAAGAGUUUUCACUUUAAUAUUUGUGACUUUUUGGAAGCAUAGCCUGAAUAGUGUAAUCUGCUGCAAAGAUGAGGUAAAUUUGGGAACUUAAUUUGCAGUAUAUAUGGACAUAUAUUUGGAGUGGGAUGAUGCAGUCCAAGCUCUUGAAUCUUGAUAAUUACAUUUAUUUUUAAUUCCCAUGUUCAAUGUACAUAAUUAGCUGCACUUGGAUCCCGAAAAUAAACGGUUUUCCAGUCUCAGCACAACUUCAAAGAGACCUAGAAUAUUUAUAUGUGACCAAGUAACUCGUUAUAUCACAUUUGUUUAAAGGAAUGCUUGAUAUAAUAAUAUGCUGAACUGCGGCAAGAGUUGGCACGGUUA